CUAAAAUUUUGAAUCAACCAUUUUAGAGAUUUUGAGAUUUCUAUUUCUAAUUCCUGUCUUUAAAAGAUCAAAAAUCAAUAAAUUACAAGAAAAAAAUUAUCUAUAAAGAAAAGAAAACCACAUAUAUGAAAAAUAUGCCGGUUGAGUUAAAUAGUUUAACUGAAGGAUGGCUCGAAUUAGAAAGUGAUCCUGGCUUGUUUACUUUGCUAUUGGAAGAUUUUGGUGUAAAAGGAGUUCAAGUGGAGGAAAUUUAUGACUUACAUAAACCUUUAGAAAGUCCUGUAUAUGGAUUUAUAUUUUUAUUCAGAUGGAUAGAAGAAAGACGUUCGCGUCGAAAAUUUGUCGAACAAAUUGAAAGCUUUGUACGUGAUGAGGAGACCAUCAACAAUAUAUUUUUUGCACAACAGAUGGUCCCGAACAGUUGCGCCACUCAUGCGCUCCUUUCAAUUUUGUUAAACUGUCCCAAUCUUCACUUAGGGGAAACCCUAAGUAGACUAAAGCACCAUACAUUAGGUAUGAAUCCAGAAAAUAAAGGUUGGGCGAUAGGCAACACCCCUGAGUUAGCUUGUGCACAUAACUCUCAUGCUAUCCCUCAAGCAAGGAAAAAGGCUGAUAAAAAUGCUGGAGUCUCCACUGGACGAUUUACAGGUGAGGCGUACCAUUUUGUGAGCUUUGUGCCAAUCAAUGGUCAUCUGUUUGAGUUGGAUGGGCUGAAGCCAUAUCCCACAGACCAUGGACCCUGGGCUAGCGAUGAGGAUUGGACAGAUAAAUUUCGAAGAGUGAUGGCGGAGAGACUUGGCAGAGAUGCUGGGGAGCAGGUGCAUGAUAUCAGAUUCAACUUAAUGGCUGUUGUUCCCGAUAGACGAAUAGCUCUGACACAGAAGUUACAAUCACUUGAAAUGAACCAGAAAAGAGUGAAGGAAGCGAUUUCAAAAAUAAGCAAACAUUUACGACAUUUAUUGAACAAAAACAGAGAGUUGAAUGAAGAUGCUGCAUCUCAAGUUAGCAGUGAUAGCUCCUUGAUAGAUACAAUACAGAUAACGGAAGAGGCAAUACUAAAUGCCAUUGAAUCAUCACAGGCUCAAACAUUUGAUAUUGAUUAUACACAUCCCAUCACUAUUGAAAUUGGAGCUUCAGAUAGACCACAGCAGGAUAAUAGCUUGGCAUUGGUUGAUCCAGUAGAACAAGGAGACACUGUUAAGUUUGUAACUUUGAACAGAGAGUGUCAUAUCUUGGAUGAUAUAUAUCCAACAUCUACAUCAGCGCUGGUACGCAGUAACGACAUGGCAGUACUGGUGUAUUGUGAGGGCGCUGUGGCAGAGCAGCCCUUCCGGCUCAAGAAGCUGUUGCUCACACAGCCUGAACUGGCGCUGCUCAUGGCUAACAUAGUUGCUGAAGUGCAAGCUUGUCAGCAGGCCCUCAAUGAUGAGAAUGACAAGCGGGAUAUGUAUAAGGUGGACGACUGCCGGCGCACGCAUAACUAUGACGAGUUCAUCUGUACGUUCCUAUCGAUGUUGGCGGAGCGCGGCGCCCUCGCCGAGCUGGUGGCGGCACAGUUAGAGCGCGGUCGCAGCACGCGCGCUCGACGCCGUCGCCCUCGACCCCGCCCGCGAGCUCGGCCAAGACCACGCCCACGAGGACGCAAGUGACAUCUAGUGCAGUGAUAGUGCUAGUGAUAUGUGAUGUGUGCAGUGCGGUGCCAUCCUGACAUGUGUCGCAGCACAAGGCAGGGAUAUAAGGAUUAAGGUCGGAGAUUAUGGUAUAAUUUGUCUUUGGCUUUCAUAAUUUUUCUUUAAUUUUAUGAUAUAAUGCAUGCCAGUAUGACAUUCUUCUAUUGCUUAAUCUCCGAGAUUGGUUGAGUAUUAAAUUAUUAUAGGAAUCUAAAUAAAACAAUAUAUAAAAACGAAUGUUUUAUUAGUGUCUACGAACAGCGCCGUAUUUACAUUGUGGUUAUAUUGUUAAAGAAAUGUAACAACAACAUUAACAAUAUUGUAUGCAUGCACAUGCCACCGUGGUCCAUAACAAGACCUCGCAUGCGAUACUGCGUGACAUGCGUAUAAACUGCGCUUCUUACAACAUAACCUCUCCACUGAAUUAUAACACUAUGGUAAAUUAACAAACUCAAAAGUCAAUAGCCCUCUUGUUUUAAUGGUUUUGGAAUAACAUAAAAGCAAAUUCAGAUGAAAUUUAAUAUAAAAUUAUAUAGAUUAAGGGCAAUUGACUUAACUAGAAAUACAAUUGAACACAAUAUGUAAGUAAAGUCUGUUAAAAUCUGGAACAACUAUUAUUUACUCAGAUACAAAGUGAGGAAAAUAAUGAAUAACAAUCAUAUUACAUUUUAGGAAAAAAUUGUGAUAAAUACUCAUCAAUAAGUUGCAUGGGGUGGAAAAUUUUGUUAAGAAAUAGUGUUGCAGAUUCAAGAAAAUUAUUAAUAGUUCUAAUAAGAUAUAACCAAGUUUUGCAAAUGAAUUAAUUCCAGUAGAGUAAUAACUUUAAAAGAUAUUUUAUAGUAUUAGAAUAUCCAAAUUUUGUACUACUGAAAUCCUACUCUGUAUCUGCAUUAUUAAAAUACAAUAGCACCUUGUAAUUAAGGCAUAUAAUAACAAAAACAACAAAUUCUCUACCUUUAUUUUCCAUAACAGAUUAACAUGGCUAAUCUAUUUGCAUCAAAAUCGUACGAAAUACAUGGCAAUUUAACAUUCAACAGUGAAAUUUAAUU